AUGGGUGGCUUGGGGAAGACCACUCUCUCUCAGACCGUGUUGACUGACAACCGGGUUAAAGCUCACUUUGAUAUCAAAUUUUGGGUCUAUAUAUCACAUCACAGAGCUUUGAUGUGA